AGGAAGGGAUUAAAGUCAAAGUGAAAGCAGUUCCAGCUCACAUCGAGAAGAAACCCUUAUUUUCACAUUAAUUUCUGAAAUUCACUGCCGGAUUUUCACCGAGGCUGAAAUAUAAACACAGACAAUUCUCACUCCCUGAAAAGAGGCGAGUAAAAUAAAGGUUCAAAACACAGGAGGAAGAAAAUGGCUGAAUCUUCAUCACCAGCAAAAGACAGAAGAAGGAGAAGCAUGGAACAACCAGGUUCAUCAUUUUCUGGUGACUCCAGCAGUCUCCUGUCUGAAGAGCAGCUGCUGUGUUCGAUCUGUCUGGAUGUGUUCACUGAUCCACUCAGCACUCCAUGUGGACACAACUUCUGUAAGAGCUGCCUUACACAGUGCUGGGAGAAGAGUCAACACUGUCACUGUCCAUUAUGUAAAGAGAAAUUCACCAAGAAACCUGAACUGAAGAUUAAUACAACGCUGAGAGAGGUUGUAGAUCUCUUCAAGAAGAAACGUGGUCCUGACAAACCUGAGGUUCUUUGUGAUGCCUGCACUGGAGAGAAGCUGAAGGCUCUGAAAUCCUGUCUGGAUUGUUGUACAACUUUCUGUAAAACUCAUUUAGAGCCUCAUAAUCAUGUUUCCAAACUUAAGAAACACAAACUAAUAAACCCUGUGGAGAACCUGGAGGACUACAUAUGCCAGAAACAUGAGAGACCGCUGGAGCUGUUCUGUAGAGAUGAUCAGACGUGUGUGUGUCAGUUCUGCACUGAGACAGACCACAAGAAUCACAACACUGUUCCUAUAGAGGAGGAGAGCGGAGAGAGGAAGACUCAGCUGGGGAAAACACAGACAGAUGUGCAGCAGAUGAUUGAGGAUCGACUGAAAAAUAUACAAGAGAUCAAACACUCAGUCGAGCUCAGCAAAAGAAGCACAGAGAAAGAGAAAGCAAGCAGCGUUGAAGUCUUCACUGCUCUGAUUCGCUCCAUUGAGAGAAGUCAGGCUGAGCUGCUCGAGGCGAUGGAGGAGAAGCAGAAAGCAGCAGAGAGGCAGGCUGAAGGACUCAUUAAAGCGCUGGAGCAGGAAAUCACUGUGCUAAAGAGGAGAGACACUGAGCUGGAGCAGCUCUCACACACUGAGGAGCAUCUCCACCUCCUACAGAUUUACUCCUCCAUGUGCAGCCCUCCACACACCAAGAACUGGACUGAGAUCAGUAUUAAUGCUGAUCUGAGUGGGGACACUGCGAGGACAGCUCUGUCUCAGCUUCAGCAGACUCUGAAUAAGAAACUCACUAAAACACUCGAUGACAAGUUAAAGGAAGCAGAACUGAAGAGGAUUCAGCAGUAUGCAGCAGCUAGCAGCAGUAAUGCCGCAGCAAUCAUGCCGAAAAGAAAAUGUACCUUUUCCAAAGAUUUACAGCGCACCUACCCCUUCCUCCAAGAGGUGCAGAACAAUGCGCACCAAGCCUACUGCACACACUUGGAUGUGACUCUGGAUCCUGAUACAGCUCAACCAUAUCUCAUCCUGUCUGCUGAUGGAAAACAAGUGACACAUGGAGACAAACGACAGAAUCUCCCUGAUACACCACAGAGGUUUGAUCCGUGUGUUAUGGUUCUGGGAAAGCAGAGUUUCUCCUCAGGGAGAUUUUAUUAUGAGGUGCAGGUCAGAGGGAAAACUAACUGGGAUUUCGGAGUUGUGAGAGAGAACAUUAACAGGAAGGGGAAGAUUACACUGACUCCUCAGAAUGGAUUCUGGACUGUGUGGCUGAGGAAUGAGAAUCAGUAUCAGGCUUGUGCUGGUCCCCCUGUCCCCCUCACACUGAGAGAGAAGCUGGAGACGGUGGGGGUGUUUGUGGAUUAUGAGGAGGGUCUGGUCUCCUUUUAUGAUGUGAAGUCCAGAUCUCAUAUCUACUCUUUCACUGGUCAGUCUUUCACUGAGAAACUCUAUCCAUACUUCAGUCCUGGUUUAAAUGAAGGAGGUAAAAAUUCAGCCCCACUGAUCAUCUCUCCUGUAUGAAAGACUGAAUUAAUUUUCAACUCACAAAUGUAAUCAUCUAUUAAAUGGUGAGAAUAAACAAAAAUAUUUUACUUUUUCUGGUUAAUUUUAGUAAUACAUAUUCCCCUUUAAAAUGCUGUACAGUUUAUUUUAAUACCUGGGCUUAGUUUUUGCAGAAACAAAUAAUUUUACUCCUACUG